CUAGCUGUCAUCCUCCUGGUGCUGGAGGGCUGUACAGGACUUCCUAGGAGACCCUCGUCCGUUCCUCCAUCUAUCAACCUGGCUUUCUCUGGAGCAACUUAUGCUCAAAUGAUGGGUGUCCAUCAUGAUUGAAGUUUCCAACAAAUAUGGCUUCUAGUGAAGACUACUACUCCCUUGUUAAGGGCAUCAGAAAUCUUGAUUUUUCUGGGAGCAGCCUGCCAUGCAAGCUUCUUCUGACCGGUGACACUGCAUUCCCAGUGGUAGUAAGUCCUGAAAAACAUGUCCUUAUUGCUGCCUCCAAGUAUGGAAAAGGUCGAAUUGUGGUUAUGGCUCAUGAAGCAUAUCUAGAUCAUCCUCAAUUCAUGGAUUUCAUCAAUAAUGCAGUAUCCUGGCUGAAACCUUCCUCUGAAAAAGUCAUUGGUGUCGAUACGAGCUUCACCAAUUUGGAACAGACACUCACUGCCUCUGGACACAAGGUUAAGAAGGUCUCUGGUCUAACAGAAGAUGUAGGAGUCCUUUGUACAACUGGAUAUGAUGAUAGUCAGGCAGUGGAAAUUGUAUCUUUUUUGAAAGAAGGAGGAGGUCUUCUUAUUGGAGCUCGAGCCUGGCACUGGGCAUACGAACACAAACCAGAAAAUGCUCUGUUUCAUUUUCCUGGAAAUAAAAUAACUUCUGUUGCUGGAGUGUAUUUUACAGACCAUUAUGGGGAACAAGGAAAUUUUAAUCUGGGUGAUCAAAUGCCAAUCACGCCAUGGCACGACAAUGUGGAUUUUUCAACAGACCUAAAUAUUCUUUUGCAAGGCCUAACCAGUCUGGACAUCAGCGGGGACAGUAUCCCUUCAGAACUUCUGCUUCAUGGACCUUUAACAUUUCCAGUUGGCAUUACUGAUAAUUAUCAGUGUUUCUUUGGCGCUGCCUAUUAUGGCAGGGGACGCAUUCUUGUUGAGGGACAUGAAUCCUUUUUAUCCAAACCUGAACUUAAGGCUUUCACCACAAAUGCAAUUUCUUGGUUAGACAUGGGUAGAAAGGGAAAGAUUGGUGUCAAUAAAGAAAUAAAGAACCUUGCUCACAUGUUGCAAAAUGAAGGCUUACCUUGCAUAGUAUCUGACUUGGUUCCAGGUCUUAGUGUUUACUGCUGUCCUUCUUGGAAUGAUGGAGAAACAGAAAAAAUCCAACAGUUUGUGGCAGAAGGAGGAGGUCUUCUAAUCGGUGGACAAUCUUGGUACUGGUCCUACUCCAAUCCAGACGUGGUUUCUAAAUAUCCAGGCAAUAAAAUCCUUAACAAACUUGGAAUCACCAUUCUGCCUAGGUCAGUUGAAAGGAAACAGUAUAACAUAUUGGAUCCUCAGGCAGCAGCUAAUACCUAUGACUUUUACAGAGCGCUGUGCCAACUCUUGAGGGAUCUUAACAGUGGGGCCAAGCUAAAACCUCCUCUAAGCUCCUGGUUGUCCCAGCUCAGAAAAGAUGUAGCAAGUUUUUUAAUGUUACCAGCAAGUCCUUUAACUUCAUCAAUAUGGAAAGAACUGUCAUCCCUGGUACAAGGUUGUAAGUUACCCAACGUUAGUAAAGAGAAACCAGUGAAAAACUGCUCCAUAGAUGCUUUUAUUUUGUGCCUGGUCCAUGAAAUCAGCUGUCUUGAGGACCAAGCAUUGUGCAAUGUUUAUUGCAUAGACAAAGACUGUGUAACGGUAGAGAUUGAUGCUACAAAUCAAGGUGAUGAUGCCUGGAGAAGUACUGGACUCUACCUGCCUCCCAGAAAAACAGCAACACUAGUGUUCCCAGCUUCAGCUGUGGGGAAAGAUCUCCAGGUGCAGGUUGGCUGCCACUCUGAUGAGCUGAGCUCAGCAGAAGAGUUGUGUCGUGCCCCAGUGGUUAUACAUAGAAAGAAAGUUGAUAAUGAGAAGGUUGUGAUAUCCUAUGUCUGGGGAGGACUUCUAUAUAUUAUUGUCAAGGGGAAAAGUCAACUGGGAAUUAUUCCAGUUACAGUUUAUGGGGCAGAACCAGCUCCAACAUUUAUAAAAGGCCAGACCAAAGUUUCAUCCUGGAAAGAUACGAUUCGCAAAUAUACAGCACCUUGGGCUGAACUAAUAACGGAGAAUAUCAUUUUAACUGUUCCCUCUGAUGUAAUACGGUCCUUGGAUGAUCCGGAAGCUUUGUUGUCUGAAUGGAACAGCAUAAUGAAUGCAAUAGCAGAACUUGCAAUGAUUCCUAAAAAAUUUCUACGUCCUGAGAGAAUUGUGGCAGAUGUGCAAAUUUCAGCAGGAUGGAUGCAUGCUGGAUACCCAAUCAUGUGCCAUCUACCAUCAGCAGCACCAAUAACAUCUCUCCAGAAUAUGAAGACAGAAGGAAUAUGGGGACCUAUACAUGAGCUCGGGCACAACCAGCAGCAACCUGUUUGGGAGUUCCCUCCUAACACUACCGAAGCAACAUGUAACCUGUGGUCUGUAUAUGUACAUGAAAAUGUGCUAGGAAUCCCAAAGGAUAAAGCUCAUUCCUCACUGAUACCAGCAGAAAGGGAUGCCUGUAUCAGAAAUUAUUUAAAGAAUGGGGCAAAGUUGGAAAACUGGAAUGUGUGGACCGCACUUGAGACUUAUCUUCAGCUACAAGAGGGCUUUGGAUGGGAUCCCUUCAAGCAACUUUUCUCUGAGUACCAGACCAUGUCCAAUAUUAGCACCGAGAAUAAAGACAAAAUGAAUCUCUGGGCAGAGAAGUUCUCUCAAGUGGUCAAUAAAAACCUGGCCCCAUUUUUCUUGGCCUGGGGUUGGCCUAUUGAUGAAGCAGUAAGCCAGAAACUAUCCAAGUUGCCUGCAUGGGAAGAAGACCCCAUGAAAACCUAUGCUAAGGCACAAUAAAUUCAUAACACAAAAUUAGCAUACAACAUUUAGUGACAAAAUGUUACCUAUGUGUCUAUGAAAAUGAUUUUUUCCUCCACUUAUCAGGGAUAUCCAUCAUCCUGUUUGGUCCUAGCUAUAAAGGCAGUGGCUAUGAGGAUACCCUUUCCCCCAGUAAGAAAAGGGAUUGUUCGGCACAUGUAUGCAUAUCCUGUGUGUUUUCAUUGAUUUAACAUUUUGAAAUGUCUUCUGACUUGAUAUACUAAGUGUUCUGUAAUUGCUCGGCACCAGAUGUCAAUAAAAUAAGUUUACAAAGUA